CAGGGGCUCAUAGGGGAGGGAUAGUCUAUGGGGUGGAAGACGUCCCCUCUCCCCACCUCUGCUUUCUGUUCGCUCUUCAACAAGCUCUACUCUGUCUAGGAAGUACGCUGUGUAUACCAUUCAUUCUGAGUGAACUUCUCUGUUCUCUUUGUAGCAAUCUCUACUCUGUCUAGGAAGUACGCUGUCUAUACCAUUCAUUCUAAGUGAAUUUCUGUGUUCUCUUUAUAGCAAGCUCUGCUCUGUUUAGGAAGUACGUUGUCUAUUCCAUUCAUUCUGACAGAACUUCUCUGUUCCCGGGACAAUGCUGAUGCUCGAGCCCAGCUUCUCUGUAUCACGAUGUUUAUGUGUGGAGUGGCUACUAUACUACAAACGACAACUGGCAUAAGGCUCGGCAUUAUUCAGGGAGGAUCUCACACUUUUAUAGCACCAAUUGUCGCCAUGAUGUCCAUCCAGAAAUUUAGAUGUCCGGAUGUCAGUGCUUUAAAAGAAAACGCAACUACAACUGAUCGAGAUGAAGUGUGGCAAUUUCGUCUUCGUGAGAUACAAGGGAAUUUAAUGCUGGCUUCAGUAACCCAGGUUGUGCUGGGUUGUACCGGGCUGAUGGGCUUUUUCCUUCAGUUUAUCGGUCCCCUGACCAUUGCCCCAACUAUCUCCCUAAUCGGCCUGUCUCUAACUGCUGUAGCUGCAGACUUCAACAAAAUACACUGGGGCAUUUCUAUGCUGACACUGGUAGUUAUGGUUGCCUGCAGUUUGUAUUUGGGUGGAUUCCAGAUUCCGUUUCCAUCUUACUCAAGAGAAAAGAAAUGUCACGUGACAAAAUACCCAUUCUUUCAAUUAAUGCCUGUUCUUAUAAGCAUCAUAGUCAGCUGGGUUUUGUGCCACGUCCUGACCGUGACGGACGUUUUUCCUAAUAACGUCACAUCCGUCAGUUACUACGCAAGGUCUGAUGCCAGGCUUGACGUUUUAGACUCCAUGCCCUGGUUCUACUUUCCGUACCCGUUUCAGUUUGGGAUGCCCACUUUUUCGGCAGCUGGUUACGUGGGUAUGCUUGCCGCCACGCUGUCGUCUGUGAUAGAGUCUAUUGGCGAUUACUUUGCCUGCGCCAGAUUAUCUGGGGCACAACCCCCACCAAUUCACGCGCUCAACAGAGGGAUCGCUACAGAGGGGUUCUCUAGCAUCAUUUCCGGGAUGGUUGGCGCGGGACAUGCAACUACGUCUUACUCCGGCAACAUCGGAGCGAUUGGCAUCACGAAGGUUGCCAGUCGUAGAGUGUUCCAGGUGGCGGGAUUGAUCCUGCUGGUAUGUGGGAUUAUCGGUAAAUUUGGCGCAGUCCUGACUCUGAUUCCCGAUCCCAUUAUCGGUGGAAGUCUGACAGUGGUGUUUGGGAUGGUAGCAGCCGUGGGAAUAUCUGUCCUGCAGUUCACGGAUCUGGGAUCGACAAGGAAUCUCACCAUAGUAGCUGUGUCCAUUAUCCUGGGAUUGAUGGUCCCGCAGUGGCUGCAGAGUAAUCCGGGCGCCAUUGAUACAGGUAGCCGUGACUUAGACCAGGUUCUGGAAGUUCUGUUAGGUACUGCUAUGUUUGUGGGAGGAAUUCUUGGAUUUAUACUGGACAACACAGUACCUGGUACACCGGAAGAAAGGGGACUGAUAAAAUGGCGAGAGAACACGUAUUCCUCGGAGAGCACACAAGAAUUGACACCAGUACAGUACGAAUGGCCGUACGUCACAAAAUAUGUGGAAAAACUGAAGUGUUGUUCAUAUUUCCCUGUGUCUCCGACCUUCAAAGAAAUCCCUGUCGUGUGUUGUGGGACCCGUGACCGACCCCCCGAUACGGAGGUGGAUGUGGAGACCGCCGAAAACACAGAUCUCUGAUCUACAUACGAGUAAUAGUGUUAGAGAGAGGAAAGAGUAGCUUCAUGAUAUUCUGCUGUUAAGUUUUAUAAGUUAAUGUCUUUUUUAAACUAAUUUGCAUUAUUUUUCUAAUCUUAUAAUGGAGUAGGCAUUUGCCUGAUUCUCAUUCAGAUUCCUUUUAAUUAAAUACAUGUACAUGUAAAUUGCGAAUCAUGAUAGAAUUAUAUAGCAAGUUACAUCAUGUGUAGCUGUUCACUGACAUUGAUUAUAUUUACCUGAUUUUAUAAAUGACUUAUGCAUGAACAACAAAUUGUUAUUGAUAGUUUUGAAUUUCU